GUUGAACUUCGAGUCCGGCGUUCAGGUGCAAGCAAUCGAGCCUGAUUCCAUCGAGCGGAAGAAGAAAGAUGGCAUCCACCGAGCAGUCUGAGCCAGCAACACAGGCGGUGCUUCCUCUCGGGGCCGAUGUCGCUGCACCUCCGCGAGAAGCUCUGAUCACAACCGCUGUGAACUUCCUGCAAAACCCGAAAGUGCGUCAGAGCCCUCUGGCCACUCGAAAAGCCUUCUUAAAGAAGAAAGGGCUGAGCGAUUUGGAGGUAGAAUUGGCAAUACAGCGCUCCGGCAGCACUGAGGAAGUUCUGCCCUUGAGCCCUGUUGGCCCCCCUCAUCCACACCAAACGCCCUACCUGGUUCCUGUAGCGCAGAGUCCACCAGGCUACAGAUGGAGAGACUAUGGCGCCAUCACCUUCUUAAUGGUGGGCUUAGCGUUUGGCUUCCAUCAGCUCUACAAAAAAUGCAUCCUUCCCCUCAUUAUGGGAUGCAGAGAGGACAAGCAGCAUCUGCAGAGGAUGGAGAGCAACAUCGCGACGAUGAGUGGCACGCUGACACAGACAGUCGGCCAGCUCCAACAGACUCUGGUGUCUCUGCAAGAACUUCUAGUCCAGCAGCAGCAGGGGAUCAAGGAACUCACCCAAGAGCUGGCUGCCGCAAAGACGUCAUCUGCAAAUAACCGCAUCCUGGACAGCCAAACAGUUGGGGAACUGAAAGCCGAAAUAGCCUCUUUGAAGGGCUUACUACUCAGCAGAAAACAAUUUCCCUCCACUCCCUCCGUUCCCAAGAUCCCAGCGUGGCAGAUUCCCCUGAAGUCACCAUCUGUAUCUGGCUCCCAGUCUGUCAACCACAGCAGCAGUGACAUCUCUCCUGUCAGUGUGGAGUCCCUCAACUCGUCUCCAGCCAAGGAGGGACGCCGCAGUCCCCACGACGCACUGCUGGCCUCCAAUGGUGCCUGCGCCAGUACAUCCUCCUCCGAAGACCUCAGUGGUACUUUACCACUUGAUCUGAAAGACCAGGUUCGAAUGGAGGUCCAGGGAGAGGAGGAGAUCCGAGAAGAGGAUGGACUGCAGAGAGAGGACCGUGGAGGAGGUGACGGACAGAUAAACGAACAGGUGGAAAAACUUAGGAGGCCCGAAGGUGCCAGUAAUGAGAGCGAGGUGGAUUAAGUGGAAGAAACACAACUAAUCCGUCUUCGUCCUCGAUGUUGGCUUCCACUUGAUCCUGUCACAUCUUAAUCUUGGGCAAAACAAGGCUGAAAGAGGCUGCAAACGGACCACUUUUCAAGUGUCUCCCUGACACAUGCCUCAUUUCCAUUCAAUUUUUACCGAGUUCGCAGCAGUCGACACUGAGAAUGAUGUCUUUACUCCCGUAUAAAUCUGCAUUAUGAACAUAAUUCACUGAAUUUUUCAUCCUCGCUCCUACGUCAUUAUUUAUUUCUCACGCUGACACCGGUUCACACCUCAGGCCUUUUGAAUACCUGUGUUCACAGGUGAGCCUUCUGGAUUUCUGUAUCAACAGUGUUCCAUGUGAGUUGUCAUGAGAGUUCAAUGUCAAUGUAUUGUGAGAAAUAAAUGAAAACCACACACGUAGUUUGUUACAGAUGGUUGCCACGAGCGGAGCGCAGAAAGCAAAGCUGGAAGCGUCCAGGUGGGAUGGAAGUACCCGUGUAUGGAGCACUCACGUGGUGUAGCGGGUGUACAGUGGCUGUGUUGACAUGGACAACAUCUGAACAACAUCAAAAUUAUUUUGAUGGGCUCUGGGGCUGUUAUUAGACACUGUAAUGUCAGGGAUUGUGAAUGAAGUAAUUCAGAGCUGCACUUUGGUAGCACGUCACUGCCGCCCAUGUGAACAAAGCCACUUUUAUUUUCUUUGUUUCCCACUGGUGCUGCCAAUUCUCUGUGACCCGUGAUUUACAGAGCUGCACUUAGCACCGGUGCAGUUCUGAGAUCAGAAGUCACAACUUCAGUCUCAAAUUUACCGUGAGGCUCCAGAGCAGCAAUUCCUUUCCCUCCUGAUGGCAACAGGAAAGGACGUGCUCGUCCCACGCUGCAGCUUUUAGCCUCUUUUAUGUGUCCCCUCGCAUUGGUGUCAGUCUGUCAAUAAUUCACAAGGCCAGCAGAGUGGCAUUUGGCUGAAAUAAAAGCCCUGAAAUUCAAGAUUAGAAUGUGAUGACGGGCUUUGUUCCACGCCGGUGUCACACUUCUCAUACGCUCCCCCCAGCUUUCCUCUUGCAGUGAGUGCUGUAUGUGUGUUUCCUGCGUGGAAAUCCACACGUGUCUGCUGUGCUGCGUCUGUGUCUCCAGCAGGGCAGCUGAUUUGGUUUGUGAACUAUGUUAAUAAUCAAAUGAUCAACAAAUAACAGAUGUAUUAGUUAAUGCAGCUUGAAAUGUCAAGGAGGCUAAAAGCGGAAAUCCAAUUCACAAAGCCUCGCGAUGAUUUUCUGCAUCAAACCCUCGGGUCCAAAUUGUGUCGGGCCUCCCACGGUGAGUAAUCUUUACAGAAAACUGCGCUAAUAUUUUGUCAUGAAGCUGCAGAACAACAAGGAGGGAUGACACAGAUGGAAGUGGCAGAUAGUCUUUCACUUUAUGUGGCUGUGGAGGUGGAUGGGGGAAGUUUGAAGAACCAAAAAGCCCAGUGAUUGAAAAGGAAAGUCAUAAAUGAAUACUUGACUUAUUGAAUUACUCAUUCUUUCUCCAGCUCACAAGAAGAGUCCAUGUGAGAGAAGGGAGAGCGAGCUGGUCUCUUAGUCCCAGCUUCGACAUCGGACCUUCGUAAGUCGGAGGAACAGGUAGAGGGGGGGGGGUCACGACACAUGAGGCAACAAUGUCGUAUGAUGCCGAGUUGUUGGCCAAAGGUUUAAGACACUCCUUCAGUACAAACUUUGACUAGGCAAAAUGUAUUCUUUCUUCAAAAUAAAAGAGCCCUUCUCUUGUUCGUGUUCCUGACGUUUCAUUGGUCGGCCUCAGAAAGUCACUUCUCUCUGUCACAACUGUUAAAAUGAAACCAUGGUGCUUCAGCUGUAAAACAACCCUUGUCUGACAUCAGUAUAUUUAUAUUAGCGGCUCAUUUCCUGCUGUCCAUUAUUGGUUUACAUCGCUGCAAUUUGUUUAACACUUGACUUCCAGUAAAGACCACGACGCUUCAUCUGAAUCCCAGUUGAGUAUCUUGUUACUGAUUAGUCUUCCUGUCUGCCUGAUUAACAUCCCAAUAGUAGGCAGGGGAAGAAAAAACAAGAACGCACUAUUGACAUGUAUAAGUCUCAUUUGUUGGGGUGUUUGAUGACAAUGUCUACUCGCACUUGCCUUACUACUUCCUGAAUGCGGUCAUAAGUGUUUUGGAAAUGAAGCACCAGCCCAAAAUAGAGCAGGGGCUUUUUGUUGUUUUCAUUUUGAAAACAUUUACUUGAAACAUGCCAUUUCUUUUAACUGGAAUAUUUUCUUCACGAUGCUUAGAGUCUUUCCUUGUGCUUUACAGGUGAGGAGUGUGUGACAGGUGAAAGCAGCAAAGGUAAAGAGAUAAACAUGGCCUUCUGAACCAGAGGGGGAAAAACAAAAGACAUGAAAGAUUGACAUUGUCCCUUAGAGACGUACACAAGACUGAAUCUGUGAGUCGCUUUGAACCUCACCUGGCCUUUCUUCCUAUAAUUCAUGGCACCUUGGCAGUUCAUUGUCAUUUUUAUUGUAAUAUUUUUAGGACAUUUUUCUUCUUCUCAAGUGUUUGGACGCUUCAGUGGCUGUGUUGAUGAUCCUGAAUUCAGAUCUGAUUUGUUGCCGUUUGCAUCGUGAAUACGUUUGUUGUGAUGAUCUAUGGGGCAGCGUGUUGCUUUAUUUUUCUAUGAAAGAUGGUGCCUGGAUUUGUCAUUCAUGAGAGACUGUGAAUGAAGUCUGUCUUGUUGGUUUCUUGGGCACGUCAGUUUAGGAAGAGACAGUGUGCAGUCGUUCAGGAAGGUGAUGUUUGUAUCCGUAAUGGAACUGCUAGCCUUUUUUUUUUUUCCUUCAUCUCGGCAGAAACAAAUUUCUUUGUGAAAAACUAUUUACCUUCACCACUGAUGACUCAUCUGAACCAGGUUUCACACAGGAAGCAACAUAAAUGAUGAUGACUGCUGCCACCUGUGCGGAGGAAAGUUGUUGUACGGCGCCUCAAGUCUGGCUGAAAUAACCGAACGUCACGCUUUCACUCCCAUCAUUGUUCAGGACUACAGUCUGCUGUGCCAUUUUCUCAUGACAUGAAAUUCAGCACGCGUUCCUGCUCUGACGCUGGUUACUUUUACUCACCCAAACACGUUCAUGCAUUCACAUAUUAGUGCAUGAAUGUAAUUCAUCAAGGCCUGGAUGAUCAAUAGCGCUUCACAUAUUGAUGAGGUGUAUAAACUUCUCUGAGGUUCGAUACCGCAUCCCUUUGUAAUCCAUUAACCUCUCCCUGGAGCUGAGGCCAACCUGAGAUUUAUAGGAACCUACUGUAAUAAAUCCACUUGUACAUCAUUUAGUGUCUUGGGGGAUUUGCAGUGCGUUGCUGUCAGAAGGCAGGCUGCUUUUGAAGAAGGCUCAGCAUAGUGCGCAUACUCUGGUCCAGAAAUACUCCUAUGAUCGUACUCAUGAUGUGGGAUUCCUUCACCGCUGUCCUUCAGGGCAGAAGCUCGAUGUUUGCGAAUGGACCCAACGUGGUUCUGACAGCGUUUGCCUUCCUGGUCAUGAGCCUUAAGCUCAUCAAUCUUGCUGCUAAACGGCGAGCACUCAAUAGGAUAAUGUAUUGACGUGCUGUGAACUUCAUUGUUCGCUGGAACUGAGCACUCAGCAGGUUAGAGGGGCUGGUAUCUUCUUCGAUCAAUGCGCAGGUUCUUCUCCUUUCGCCGCUGGUCAGAGGGCGCUGUCUGCUUGAUGCCAAACACACCGCGUCUGUGAAACGCUCGCUUGCAGUGGAUCUCCCUCCA